GCGGGGGAUUGGCUGCUCCGGGACCGGGGUGGGGAUGGCUGGGCUAUAAACGCAGCCCUGGGUCGGGGACCCAACGCAGCCACCAGCUCCGCCCUUUGGAGACACGACAGAGGAGCGGGAAAUAGGAGACAGAAAAACACAAGGCAGAGAAACAUCACGAUGAAGCUUCAAGUCGCCUGCGUGAUUCUCAUCCUCGUCAUCACCUCCGCCAAAAACUCCUGCUGCUUCCCAGGCCAGACAGCAAAUCCUGCUGGUUUGUUAAGGCAACAAAUGGAGCCCAUAGAAGAAACUCAGGGUCUGCAGGUCCCGCUCCGCCGCGCCAAGCGCUUCAACAGCCACUUCCCGAUCUGCACCUACUGCUGCAAGUGCUGCCGGAACCGGGGCUGCGGCUUCUGCUGUCGCACCUGAGCCCGCCGCGCAGCGCUAGGGGGCGCCGUCACCCCCGCCCGGCUCCCGGCCCCGGCUCCCGGC